GCGUUGCGCAUGCGCGAAAAAAGCAUCUUUUCGACAUGGAUCGACGAUUGACGUCUUGGUUAUCUGUUGUGUUGACGUCUGUUUGUGGUUAAAAUUGCAUGGAAUACAGUGCAAAAUUUAAUUAGAUAGACUAAUAAUAAAACAAAUAAUUUUUGCUGUAAUAUAUCACAGUCUUCUUCGAAUAUUUCUUCAUCGUGAAUAUUUCUGCAAUGAGUCAGGUUAAUCAGGAUAGCAGCGAACCUUCGAUAAAGAAGUACAGAAUGGAAGAGGAAGAAGACAGCCCUCUGGACACGGAUCACACGGAUGACGAUUACGAGCCGUACGUAUCUGUCAAAGAUCGUAAAAAGCAAUUGCUCACGAAAUUGGGGAAACUCGGACAGUUAAAAGAGGAUGCUAUCAAUGGCGUCGGGAAGAGUAGCAGUGAGAAUGAGAAGGAUGAUGCCGACAACGACGACGGACAGGUCUGGGGAAGGAAAUCCAACAUUUCUCUUCUCGACCAACAUACCGAAUUAAAGAAAUUAGCUGAAGCCAAGAAGGAGAGCGCAAUGGAGAAGCAGUUGAAGGAGGAGGAGAAGAUUCUGGAGAGCGUGGCUGAGAACAAGGCUCUGAUGGGUGUGGCUGAAUUGGCCAAGGGCAUUCAAUACAAGGAUCCUAUCAAGACCAACUGGCAACCGCCGAGAAUAAUACUUAAUCUCGGUGAGAUGCGUCACGAGAGAGUGCGCAGGAAGCUCAGGAUACUUGUGGAGGGUGACGAAGUGCCGCCACCUUUGAAAACUUUUAAGGAAAUGAAAUUUCAUAAAGGAAUCUUGUACGGAUUGGAACAGAAGGGUAUCGUCAAGCCAACUCCAAUUCAAGUCCAAGGAAUACCCACAGUAUUGUCUGGUCGCGACAUGAUUGGUAUAGCUUCCACCGGUAGCGGUAAAACGUUGGUGUUCGUUUUACCUAUUAUUGAAUUUUGUUUGGAACAAGAAAUCGAUAUGCCGUUCAUUAAAAAGGAGGGGCCUUACGGCUUGGUAAUAUGUCCUUCGAGAGAAUUGGCUAAGCAAACCUUCGACAUAAUUCGGCACUACACCAAUAGCUUAAGGCACAUGGACUGCCCAGAAAUACGCUGUUGCUUGGCAAUCGGAGGUGUGCCGGUUUCGGAGUCAUUAGCUGUAAUCAACAAAGGUGUACAUAUUAUGGUAGCGACUCCAGGACGAUUGAUGGAUAUGCUACAUAAAAAGAUGGUCACUUUAAGUGUAUGCCGUUAUCUCUGCAUGGACGAGGCGGAUCGCAUGAUAGACAUGGGGUUCGAGGAAGAUGUUAGAACAAUAUUUUCAUUCUUCAGGGGUCAGAGGCAAACGCUUUUGUUCUCUGCUACUAUGCCGAAAAGAAUUCAAAACUUCGCACGUUCGGCGUUGGUGAAACCCGUAACGAUAAACGUUGGCCGCGCCGGCGCCGCGUCGAUGAAUGUGAUACAGGAAGUGGAGUAUGUCAAGCAAGAGGCUAAGAUCGUUUAUCUCUUGGAUUGUCUUCAGAAAACUGCACCGCCGGUCUUGAUAUUCGCAGAGAAGAAGCGCGACGUGGACGCCAUCCACGAGUAUCUGCUUAUAAAAGGAGUGGAGGCUGUUGCGAUACAUGGAGGAAUAGAUCAGGAGGAAAGAUCGCGUUCAGUGGAAGCGUUUCGCGCGGGUCGAAAAGACGUGCUCGUUGCGACAGAUGUUGCGUCGAAAGGUCUCGAUUUCGCCGAUGUGCAACACGUUGUUAAUUACGACAUGCCGGACGAUGUAGAAAAUUACGUGCACAGAAUAGGACGAACUGGUCGUUCCGGGCGUACUGGUAUAGCGACGACUUUCAUUAAUAAAGCGAACGAUGAAUCGGUACUGCUUGAUCUUAAACAUCUGCUGAUGGAAGCGAAGCAAAAGGUGCCACCGUUCUUGCUGGAACUCUGCUCGGAGAAUGAAAAAUAUCUCAAUCUGGGAGACGAACGCGGAUGCAGUUACUGUGGUGGUCUCGGACACAGGAUUACAGAGUGUCCGAAAUUGGAGGCUGUGCAGAACAAGCAGGCGUCCAAUAUUGGGCGUCGCGAUUAUCUGGCUAGUAACGCCGCCGAUUAUUAAGCAAUUCAUUUUAAAAUUGUAUUGUAAAUAUGUAUAUAUAUGUAAAUUCAUUUUUUAUGGUAAUGUUAUUUUGACAGUAAUCAAUAAAAAAUAAAAUAGAUAUUCGAACUAAAUGCUGUAUACAUAUGUU